GUUUAAGUUAGAGGGGUUUUGCUGUCGUUAUAUUGCUAUAAGACCGGUUUAAAUUUUCAGAUGAACAUGAUGACAGAACCAGCGAGCCGUCGAGAGGUGGGGGAAAGUUCACGCGGGGCUCAAAUCGAGGUGGGCGAGAUAACUGGCGGGGUUCAAGCAGGGGUAGACGUGGUAACAGAAGUCGUGGCCGUGGUGGUAACAGAGGGCGUGGCCGAGGGAGUAAAUGGUAUUCGAGCGAGGAGUCUGAGGGAAAUGAUUUUGGUGGUGAUGAUGAUGGUGAUAUUGACAUGGAGUCUGGCUCAGAAAGAUCGCAAAGUAGAUAGUAAGUGCUGCUCAUUUCUCUUUCAAAUGUACCACAAUGAAUAUGCAACAUGAGCUCCACCUUUGAGUUUACUAUAUGAGUAAAUUCUUAAACACGUCCGAAUUUAUCAUUAUGAUAAAUUCGCGGCACAUUUUGAAUUGAUCAAUAGAGUUAAUCGUAAAACCACAAGCAUUAGACAAGACUUCUUGUUAUAAAUGUAAUGGCACUAAUGGGUGGAGAGAUUUUCAGAGAGAAUGGGUGGAGAGAUUUUCAAGAUUUUCAAAAAAAGUUCUAAGAAAGUUUUAAAAGAGUUUUAAGGAAGAAAAAAGAUUAAAAAGUUAGAUUUUCAAAAAAGUUGAAAAAGUUGUGGUUAGUGGUUAGGGUUAGGGUUGGGGUUAGUGUUAGUGUUAGGGGGUUAGAUGCCGCGAAUUUAUCAUCAUGAUAAAUUCAAAAUGUGCCGCGAAUUUAUCAUAAUGAUAAAUUCGAACGUGUUUAAGAAUUUACUCAUAUAGUAAUUUCAAAGGUGGAGCUCAUGCUGUGAAUAUCUGUGGAUACAGUAGCUGUGCAUGCUGGGGAGGGGGGUUGCGGCCCCAAGUCAGUGAUUAGGCGGGCGAGCUACUUAGGGUAAAUUCAAAAUGCGCACAUCAAAACUUAGUUGAAGUAAGAAUUCUGGAGUUAAAGCGCCAACUUCAAAAAUCAUGUCGUGUACAGUUCUUAUCUAAGCCUGGAGUUAUACUGGCCAUAGGCAUAUGGGAAGGGAAAAAUUGGGGGGAGGGGAGGUGUGGCAGAAAUGUUUGCAUUUUGAUCGGCGUAUCGUACUAAAGGUCCAAAAUUCUCGGGGAAGAAAUUUUCGAAGGGCAUUUUUGACUGUGAGAUACUUCUCACAUAUUUCAUGCUUUUAAAUUUAUUUACCCAAUCGUUUCCCCCAACUUAGUUUGUAAUUUACCCAACUUCAAUACGCUUAUGAUUUUUAGGAUGUUUACUGUGACUGUGUCUGUGCUGUACAAUAUUGAUACAUUUAUAUGUAUAAAAAUCUUUUUGUAACUUGGUCAUUUCCCAAACCUUCUUUGCAAUUUUCAGAUCUCUUCAUUUUAAAGUAGUUGACUUAGAAAGGACUGCAAUAUAUGGGCGGUCCUUGUCUAGUUUAUAUUAACUUUGGAAAGUCAGAAAGUGCAAGGAUGGUUUGGAACUCAUUUAUCGUGCGAUGUAAUUUUGUGUUGUAGCUUUGUUAAAAUUUGUAACCCUGUCUCUAUUGUUUCACAAUGUCAAUGUAAUGUGUAGGUAGGACUUAAUUUGGGACUCCCCAGUCUUGUUGUGUGUACCUUCAAUCGUUUUGUUGAUUGUAAAGUUUAUAAAUGAUACUGGCUGCUCCGUACAAUGAUUGGCUACCACAAAAAUAGAACCUACACGCAUGAGCUCAUGUACGAGACAAUAAUCAUUGGAAUACCAGUCAGAUAGGACUUAAAAUGUUCAGUUAUCGCACCCUGCGGGCCUAUAGGGUUUUUAUAGGGUUUAUCGGAUAAACCCUAUACAUUUUGAUUUUUAUCACCGAUGUUGUUUAAUAUCUUCAUGCAUUGUAUUGUGUUUUAUAUUAGUACGCCUUACUCAAGGCCCUCGUAUAGACAAUCUGGAAGUAAAUUUAACGAUUCAAGAACCGUGGGUAACCAGUCCGGUGAAACUUGGAAUAAAAUAACGGUAAUCACAAACUUACAAUUACUACCGCAUAAUAGAUACACAAUGGCUUCUCGAUCAAAUGAACAAUUAUACCAUGAGCUCGAGUCGUAUAUGAGCUGAUAGCCGACGAGCUGCGUAGCACCGAGUCGGCUAUCAGCCAUAUACGACGAGAGCGAAUGGUUAUUGUUUUAUAGUAUAGUCUAAUAGCCAUUAUCUGAAGCAAUAAUUAAUUAUCCUCUGUUACGAUGUCUUGACAAUUUGUUCCGCCAAAAACCGCUUGGCCUUGAAAACCUGAAAUACUUUUGUUUUACAACUCGAAGACGAAGUGAAAGAAAUGGUUUUAGAACCGGUAUAUCUCACAGAAAAGCUCAGAUAUAUUAUACAGAUGUUUGGUAGUAUAGUGAGUCAGUGCUUGUUGACUGCAAAUUCAUUUUUCUUUCGUUGCAAACUUUUCUGAACAAUUUAUAUUCUGAAUGAACAUGUUUUUUCGCUGUUGUUUUGGUAUUAAUUCUUUAAAAAACUUGUAUUUAAACUAAUUUCUAUGUAAUAAAUGUAUUUUGCUAACCUGUCAAUUUUUUUGAGAGUUUUUCCUUGUACUAUUAUCUUUCUCAAAGCGAAUAUUUUCUUUUUUUCUGCUUCGUAAAACUUACUUGUAGUUUUUGGACCGCCAUCUUGUUUUUCGCUACUCGCCGUACAUGAGCUGAUAUAUGGCGAGUAGUUCAACCAAUCAGAUUGCAGAAUAGCUCAUAUACGGUGAAUGACUAUAUUAUAAUAAUAUAUAUACAGGGUGUAUUAAACAAAAAGGUAAUCCAACUUUGGCAUGUUGUCGUAAGUUAUAUAUUACGUUUAACCAUUUACGUUUUUCAUACCAAUGAAGAUCAGGCUCAUAGCUGUAUGUCGAAUGAUACAUUUUUUGUAUCAUUGCGAUCAAAAAUAGCCAAAUACGAUCCAAUUUAAAAAUGCCGGUCGAAAUCGCAUUUUUCUGAGUAUUGAAAUUAUUCUCAUUUGGGAUUCAAAGUUAAGUCGCUUAAAUCAAAAUGGCGCAACGUAUGUGUAAGCAUCAAAUUUUUGUGAAUUUCGACUCGGAAUUUUGCAUCGAAAUGGAGUGAUGAAAACAUUUUACAGAACUGGAAGUCUGCAGACUGGACUCGCAAUGGCAUACGUUUCCCAAAUGGGCAACAAGCAUUUGGGCGAAUAUGUUUGUGAUGUUACUCUGAAUGCAUAUCCACACCGGGCGAGCUUGAAAAAUAUGCCCGGCCACGGUGGGAUUCGAACCUACGACCUUUGGAAUACUAGCCCAAUGCUCUUCCAACUGAGCUACGCGGUCAGGACGGUUCGAGUAAGUAAUAUCACUUACUCGAACCGUCCUGACCUCGUAGCUCAGUUGGAAGAGCAUUGGGCUAGUAUUCCAAAGGUCGUAGGUUCGAAUCCCACCGUGGCCGGGCAUAUUUUUCAAGCUCGCCCGGUGUGGAUAUGCACUCAGAGUAACAUCACAAACAUAUUAUUCACCUGAGUACACAACACCAGCACAGAAAAAAAUUUGGGCGAAUGUUCGAAAAUUAGAAGAAGGUCUAUUGUUUGUCCGAACUCCGACGCGAGUGUAUUGGUGUCCGACCCAGGGUGGGUUAGGAUAAACACAGGGUGGGUUAGGAUAAACACAGUUAGGAAAUUAACAUCUUAAUUGUUGUAAAGAUAAAUAGUCUAGGCUAAGCAAGUAACAUGACCGUAAUACUUGAUGUGAUCGGUCACUGAAAAGCCCCAAUGGGGAGUGAGCUAAGCCUGAGCAAUAAUGUAAUGUAACUGUAGCUUUGUCCGACCUAAUCACGUAAACCAAAAUGUACGCUAGAAUCAGAGUCAGGUCCAGGUCACACUACACAACGAUAACGAUACGAUAACUUGUAAACACGCGAUGGUUGGUCAAAAAAAUUAUGUUUGUGUUUACCCGUCUAACGAAAACGAUAAAAUUAUUACCGUUCGAUGAUAACGAUUUUAAAAUCGCUCACCCGAGCUUUUUUUCAGUCUGACGAUAACGAUAAAUAUUUGACCAAUCGGCGCGUGUAUACAAGUUAUCGUUAUCGUUCUGUCUCCGGACUCAAAGUCAUCGGACAUUGUUGUUAGAGAAUUUUGCACUGGUGUUUGAGAUUAAUUGCACUGAAAUCAACCAAUCACAGUCGAGUAAUAUUGUUACAUGUAUAUAAUUAUAGAACGUAUAACAUCUAGUAAUCUGUUUCACUAGAUACCCAAUGGCAGGAAACACGACAAGGAGUGGUUAUUAAGCAGAUUACAAAAGACAUGUGAAGUUUCAUUCCAGCCUGUUGAGGUACACAAUCUUUGAAAAUUCUAUUAAUUUGUUUACAGUAUAUUAGGUUAGCCUGUGUUGCUGGCAUGCAACCCCUGGUUAUGCCCAUGUAGCCUACAACCCGUUUUUUUUGUAUCUCAAUAUAUGAUUACUAUUUCUUGAUUUAGCUACGGUAAAUAUGUUAGAUUAUAGAGAUUAUAAAAGAAUAUAGCCUGCAUUGCAGGAAAAGUUCGGGCAAACGAAAGGGACAAUUUGGAGCUUGCUAAUGGCGGCAAAUGUGAGUUAUACCCGGAUGUAAAACCAAGAAAAUCUAUUUUUUCACCUUUUGGCUUCAGUUCAAGUUUUAUCCAAUUCAAGUUAUUCAAUCCUGGUUUUAUCUACAGUCCUGACUGUUUUACAGUACAUAUAUUUGUGGCGAAAAAGUGAGGAUUUUCCUUUUUAUAUCAUGGGGAAUUUGGACGUGCCAAAGUUACGAAGAAAAAACCGUUCUUCAACAUCGGGAAAAAAGCACUUUAAAAUAUUUCUACCGUUCCAACACUUGCUUUGUAUUAAAGUUCAGGUAUUCUUGUUGAUUUUGAGCUUUUAGUCCAUGCUUGAACUAUUAUUUUCGUAAUUUUCCACUCCUCUUAAACAUCACGGCUUUGCAUCCGGAAAUAAGAAUGCACAUCCGGGCAACGAUAUUUUAGCCAAUCAGAGAGCGUCAUUUGCCUCCAUUGCAUCGGAAGCUUCGAUUUGUCCCUCGAUAGAAAGAAAUACCUGUAUAAAAAAUAUGAAGAAUAUUCACACGGCUCUUAAAAUACAGUCGGGCGGUGAUGAGAAUCCAGAAUUUCCUGAGUCCUAUUUCUUGAAUUGAACUGAUUCGAAACGUAUUAAGUGCGGCGUAUUUCAAAACAAUUGUUUUGAAAGUUUUUAUAUCUUUAGUCACUUUUAACCUGAACAUGGAGUUAUACUCCGAAACGUAGUUAUUAAUGGUCUAAUUAAUAUUCAAACACAGAAUUAAUAAAAUGUGGCUUAGAGAAAGUUACGUCAUACAAGGUUUGAAGAAAUUCUGGAAUUGUCAAAUAAAUGAAAGUUAAUUUAAACAACCGCGGGCAGGUAUAUGCAGUUCAUUCAUUUCUCUAAUCCCUCUAUAGUUUCACCUUGCUCGAGAAAAUGCUUGUUUCUUCGUGAAUGAUCAGCGUUCAGCAGAUGCGUUGCGUCGUAUCAGUGGUAAGGUGACUGUACGGGACGGCUCCAAGUUAUACAUUCAAGUACGGCAAUGCCCACCACCAAAAAUCACCAGUUCUGACCAAACGGACGGCGGAAGUUCCAUAGACCAAGAAGUGUUAAAGGUUUGAUAAUUAUUUUACUACUUGUUCAUAGUCAGCUGAGAGACAUUCUGAAACCUCAGACAUUUCAAGCUCUAGAUUAAGCAAAAUAAAGGUUUGGUGUGUGUCCGAAUUACGUUUUAGCUCAAGAGGAGACGUUACGUAACACGCGCAAAACUAAUGAAUAUACUUUUCGAUUUGGUUAUGACUACAUUUAAUAUUCUUUAUUAUAUACAUGACAAAAUUACUGCAAUCUGAUUGGUUAAGAGGAGUGCAAUUAUUUCAUUAAUUGCACUCACCAGGAGUGCAAUUAAUGAUUUUCGUGAUGGCUGGGGGGAGCGGGAAAUCAAAACAACAAAAUCCAAUAUGGCGGCGAAAUUUAAAUAAGUAUUUCUGACAAAUGUGGACGAAUUUAACUGAAUUUUGGCACAAGAAUGAGUUUAAAAAAGAUUGUAUGGCAACAAGAGCCUGUGGAAAAUACCUGUAAGCAGUUUUGAGAAAUAAUCUCGGCGGGAUGCAGCGAAACAUGACUAUGUAAGUUUGAAAUACAAUUCAUAAAGAUUUUCUUAGUCUAAAAUAUGUUGUUUGAGUUUGAAUCUUAUGUUCUAGUUUAAGUUAUGUGCCUUUUUGAGUUUAUAAUCAUUUCCCAAGUUUGUUUAUACCAAAUUGCUUACAAAAGAAUUAAAAACUCUUGACAAAAUGCAGUUGAAUUUUAAAGAAAGCGAUUUUGUCAUGCAUAUAAUAAAUAAAUAAAUAAUCACACGGGCAAGUCGUGCAAUUAAUGAUUAACACUACUCGUGAUAUUUGAAAAAUGUGCCAAAUUGCACUCGCCUCGGCGGCUCGUGCAAUUUUGGUACAUUUUUCAAAUAUCACUCGUAGUGUUAAUCAUUAAUUGCACUCCUUCCCGUGUGAUUACCUAUACUAAUUUCUGAUUCGUUUAUUAAGCGGCAAACAAUCUUAAAAAGUAUGUUUCGUACUUUAUCUGUAAAAUUAUGCUAAAAUGAACAGAUUUUAGGUGCAAAGAGAAAGCGAUGUUUGAAGUUCAGUCAGUUUUGUUUAUAUUGCUGUAUAAAUGGCGUCAUCGAUGAUAAUUGUAUUUAAAUUGCCAAUAUACUUAAAUAUUACUUUGUGUUCCUCAACCGCAAAAUACAUUUAAAAAGGUUGCUAACUGUGUAUAAACUACAAAAUAAAGCUAAGACAAAGUAAUUUUGAGAGGAACGCCAACAUAUUUUAGGUUUUGAGUACUUUUCAUUGCAAAUACGCGACAUUGAUGAUAUUAAGCUCUCUUGAUACUCUUGCCUAGGAUGAUACUAUAUAACUAUGAUACUAUAUACUAAGAACAGUUAACCAAGGUUGAUUAUUGUUAGAACUAUUUUUUCACUGAAAUUACUCACGAGCAAAAAUGGCUUUUUUACUUCCGGGAAUCAAUGCCAAGAACGUAUAGUAUUUCAACCCCAUGGUUGAAAGUGCUCCAUGUAUAAUCGGCCCCUACAAGAACAGUUAUAAUUAUACAUUUAAUAUGUAUUCUCGUUUCUAAUUGGUCAGAAAGCACCAGCUAAUUUUCAGUAUUCGGCAUUUAUUACGUAUUUUCCGCCCAUGACGUCAUCAGCGUCCAAUAAUUGUUUUUUCGGAUCGAACUUGCAUCCAAAAAAAAAAUAUUGGACUCUCUCGUGCCCAAGCCCUUGCGCGGCCAAAAGCUUGAACCUAUAAGCGCGCGGAAAAAACAAACAAACAAUGGCCUACAGCAGAUUUGCUUCGCUGAAUGAAAGUGAACUCUCCAAAUUAUUGGCAGAUAAGGGUAGUGAAAGCACGAAAAAAGACACAAAGGGAUAAAUAGAAGUAGAAAUAGAAUAUUUAGCUGACCUUUGACUUUGUGCAAGGUGUUUGAUAUUCAAAUUGUACUUUUCCUACCUCAUGAACAGGAAUCGUUUUAUACGUUUCUCAUGUCUUUAAAUGUAUAAUAAAACAAUUAUUGGAUCCGGCUUUCGCAUGAUAUCAAGAAUUAUUCAGAUCUCGGUCUAUGUUAUCCGCCUCAGCUUCGCUUCGGCAGAUAACAUUGAUCUCGGUCUGAAUAAUUCUUGAUAUCAUGCUCAGCCUCAUCCAAUAAUUGCUUAUUAGCCAAGGUUGAUUAUUGGUACAACAUUUUCAAUGUUCUCUUGCGGCUCCAGAGAGUAAAUUAUUUUUUCAACACCCCUUGCAUGCUAACUGUAUUUUGAAAAAAUUUGAAAAUCCAUAAAAUGGAUAUUGUAUGGACCUUUAUUGGAAACAGAAUGGAUUUUUCAUUACCGUAAUAAUUGUAUAUUUCCAUACUAUGGAUAUAGUACCGAAAUUAAUAGUAUGGAUAUACUGUAGUAUGGAUGUAUGGAUGGCGUAUUGAUGACAUGUGUUAAAUUAAGUUCAGUCUAAUAUUAACAUUCUUGGAGUGCCUUACAGUCUGGUACGGGUUUGAGUAUGUUGCAAUUUAGAUCACCAACGAUGAGAACAGGCUUUCGUAAAAGAAGGGCUUGAUUGUAGUUUGGUUUCAGCAAAGGAUCAAAUCAAUUUAGCUGCGCAGUUAGGUGGACGAUAGACAAGCAUACUACGAUAUGUUUUAGUUUAUUACACUGACGUUGUAUUCACAGUUGAUGGAAAUUUUUAUCCGAAAUUGAAGAUAUAGGUCUUUCAGGCGGAAUGCUUUGAUGCUUCUGGCUACGUAUAGGGACAGACACCGCCAACUUUCUUGUGGAGGCGAUCAAGUCUAGUCAAUUUAUAACCCUCAAUUUCGAUUUCCACAUUAUAUAUUUAUGGUAUACUGUUUAACAACGUCUCUGAGAUUGUAAAUAUAUCUAUGUUAUAUUAGUUGUGACAAACUCUAUAGCUUCAAUAAAAUGUGAUCGAUUUUUUAAUGACUUUAUGUUGAUAAAUUAAUAAAUUUUUGCAAAUUUAGUAGGAUUUGACAUUAUUGUACAACAAAACACACUUACUACAAUUUAUUUUAUUUAAGUUAAUCAAUUUUUAAGGUUACACUAGUAAUGUUAUGUUUCCUUAUAAUGAAGAUGUUGUUCUAACAAUCGAGCAUAUAACGAUUCUAUUUUUUUGUUUCAAUAAGAUAAGUCUAUAGAUUUUAGUUCCAUGUAAAUUUAGAACGUACUUAAAUUAAUUUGUUUAAAAUUAAGAACAUACUGGUUCUGCAGACGACCGUUCUUUUGCCGUUUAAUUUCAUUUCGUCUUUCUUUUGGACUUGAUCCAAACUACAAGAAGAUCUUUGUCAGUUGGAAGGAAAUCAAGGGUGUUCUGCUGGUUAAUUGAGAAGUUUUACUACUUUGCCUUUUUUUAAUCUUUUGUGCCUUGUUGUUACUUAUCCAAAAUAAUGAAGAUCAUUUAUGGAGUCGCAAUCUCGCGCGAAAACAUUUCUUCAGCAUCGUCUCUCCAUGACGACGCAGCGCACUGUUCCUGUAGAAAAAUAUCAAACAAUUCAAACUUGAAUUUAAAGUGAUGAAUGUUUUUGCCCAAAGGUGAACAAUGCGCAAAGUUUCAUCACUCCAGUCUGCUUGUGCUCCAGUCAGUACCAAUCCAAAGCAAACAAUAACUGGGCAGUAACAUACCAGCAAGCACGCUACCGCUAACAAACAUGUAGACACUUUCCGCAAAGUUGCUUUGGAUUUCAUUUUCUGCUCAGACCCAUUUAAAUUUCCUACAGGUACUAUCGCAUGGUUACGUAUUGUUCUCGCAAUGUUGAAUAUUUUGUAGUUCAAACAAAAUAUUACAAAUAAAACAGUUCCAAUUAGAGAGAGUGAAGACGCUUUCUCAAUGUAUUCAUUUGAAUUACCGAAUUCUGCCAAAUGGUGUAUACCAAUUGGUAACUGAAACAGCACUAAGACAGCUAUCAGUUUCGACCUUGUCACAAAUUUCUCGUGAAAAAAUGGAUACAUUAAAGCGAGAUAUCUUUCCAGAGUCAUUGUUAAAAGCGCGGUCAACGAAAACAUGGGCAAAAGUUUAUGAUAUGGCACGUUGAUAGAGUCAGUAAAUCUUGUGAACACGUAGCUAUAUAUAGUUUCCACGGUUAUUAACGGAUGAAAGACAACGACCACAGCGAGGUCGAAACUAGCCAGGACGAGAAUCGUAAAGUAACAUAAUUUUCUGCGCAGUUGUGAAUUUAGUAGACUGAUUAUGACAACAGAGUUUAGGAAUAUUCCAAAGAAUGUGAAGAUAACGUUAACAGCGCACAACAGUACUGCGUUGACUGUGAAGAAGACUGUUAAGUUCGAUGUUGAGUUCAUUUUGUAAUUUUUACAAAGCCUUAUACAGGCUCUUUCUAUCUCUUCAAAUACACUAUCUAAACUGUACGUUUUGAAACCUCUUGAAUCUACAUCUAACAGCUGAAAACAUCUGUUUAAAAUAUUUAACAAGAUAUAGUAGGGUAUAAUUGCAAAUAGCAUUUCUUAAUACGUGCUGUAUCUACUGAGCAUUUUUUUAAUUUAAAUUUACUUUAUCGAUAUAGGCAAUCUCUUCAUGAUCCUAUAUAUUGCCCAAAACUAGACUAGGGCAAUCGAAUAGGCAAAAACCGUACUUUGUAUGCAUGUCCGCUCGGUUUGAAAAUGAGCAGUUGGAACAACCGGACCGGAAGUACUUUCAACUAAAAUAAUGGACAAUCAAUUUAACAUAAAAACAAUCAAUUUAACGAACAAAUUAAUAAAUCGAAAUAACUUUUUAUAUAAAACUAUACCCUGUUUGAUUUAAAAUAACAAAAUCUAGAACAGCUAUAUAUCAAAGAUGAAAUAAACUAUAAUAUUGUAUAUUGCUAACUUAAAUAUUGAUAUAUUACAACAAUGUUUUAAAUCGAACGAGCAUUUUUGACAAUGCUAAAAAUUUGCAUGAAAUGGCCUAUUAAACUAAUUUCAGUGCAGACGAGUUGUGAUUAUUGGGCAUUUCAUUGAAGCCAACUGAAAUUUCAAGUUGGCUUCAAUGGGAACCACGUUUUGAGUUUGAGGUUUUCAUGACCACGCUACUUUAAUCUAUGAUCGGUUUGAAUACGCUAAUAUUUUGUUGCGCGGAUUGAGAAAAAUUGCGUUUGCACGUAUACGGAAAACGAUAAACCCUAUUAUGACUCAUGACGCAUGCGCUAAUUAUUAUAAAGAGUGCGCGGUACAGCUGUGUGUGUCAUUAGCAUAGGAGGAUCUCAAAUUUCAUCGAUUCGAAAAGUCCCGUUUUCGUUCGCCAAUACGAAUUCGCUAUCAUUUUCUUUUGAAAAGUUUUCACUCUGAAGACCGUAUUCAAUAGUUUGCCUUUUCGGUGUCCAUAUUCGUUGAACCGUGGGAUACAGGAGGCAAAUCCGCUAAAGAAUAUCCCUCUCUCUCUCUCUCAGACGAAUCCGAAUUUGUGCAGACGGGCCCCAGAAUCUCUGUAUAUAGUCUUGCUAGGACUCCAUAUACAUUUAUAUCGCGAUCAAGUUGAACACUUUCAGUUAAACUAUUUUUGGCGAUCGUAUAGCGGGUGUCCAAAAAAGAACUGGAAACUGUUUGAUUUCAUGUAACCUAAAAGCUAUCGCAAUGAAAUAAUGAUCAUUGCAUUUAGAAAGGACUAACGUAGAUUUUGAUAUAGCCUAUAGCACUUGAAUUUACAUUCAAUAUUGACUGCGCAUUUGAUGUUUGAACGUGAACUACAUGUACUGUUUUUGAAAAUGCCAAAAAAUAACAUAAAACAGCCUUGUGAUUACCGAUGUAGUUAUAUUUGUUAAAUAGUAAAUAUUUUUUAUUUUGGUAAAGAAAUCACGAAGAACAAGUUUGUUUACUAUUUAUUUGUUUUGAUAAACACUAAAUUUGCUAGAAAAUGAUCUCAAAUUAAAGUUAAUAUCAUAUACCAUAACAAUAUUUGUUUUGAAGAGGCGAUCUUUCAAAUUAGUUUAAUAAAUUAUAGCCAAUUUUCACCGGAUUUUCAUCAAUUCCUAAAACGCAUUCGAAUUCAAACAUUUGGAUCUCGCUCAAUAGUGCAUGUAAAUUCAAGUGUUAUAUAUCAAAAUCUACGUUAGUCCUUUCGGAAGGCAAUGAUCUUUAUUUCGUUACCAGAAAUCACACAGUGUCCAUUUUUUUGGAGGGGGACACCCGGUACAUCGAGAGGCCUAAAGCCCCACAUAAUUAGUGACUAAGUUUUGAAUAUAUAAUAAUAAUAAUAAUAGUUUUAUUGAUCCAUCUUUAGUGUAAAAAUACAAUGGAUUCACAGUAAAAAUCUAAGUAGUAGUCUAGUAGUUAUAUGUACAGAUAAAAAUUGUAGGAAUAGUUAUAAAAAUAUUGUCUAUAAUAAUGAGUUUGUUCUGGGAAUGAACGAUAGUUCAUGCCUUUUAGUGUAUGAGAAAAUUCCGGGAAGAGUUUUUGGUGUUCUUAGGUCAUACUUGUUCGUCACCAUGUCUGGUAUGUACUUCCUGCAUGGGUGUGUUUCGUCAUUAAUGAUUUUCUCGUACUCGCGAAUGGAAAGUUUAUCCCGACGUUGUUCUAGAGAUUGAAGAGAAUCAGAAGGUAGACCCAUAAUUUUCAGGCUUCUAGUCUGGAUACUCUCCAGUUCGUCAGUAAGGUAUUGUAGCAGGUCACCCCAAAUUGGGGCCGCAUAUUCCAAAACCGGUCUUAAUUUGGAUUCAUAGCACGUCAAACCCACAUUAGUUGGUAGAUCUGCUCGACGACACUCCCGUAGGUAGAAUGUCCGAUUAAUAUAUUCAUGUCCGAUUAAUAUAUUUUUAUCGACGAAACACGACGCUUAUUAUUUCCCAAAGGUUUUAGUACGUACGAAAGGGUUUUAUGUGAAAAACCUGGAUAUAUAGUAAUUGGAUCAAAAACUUUGCAAUAGAAAUAAAUGCGAUGUAUUAACAAAGAAAAUAUUGGCAUACGAAUGUAGACUGUAGAGUUUAUUAAUAAGUAGAAUUUAAUUAUUAAUGAUGUAGAGCAUUUUAAUUCACUGUUAUUCCUAUGUGCCUCAUCUGCGGAAUCAUUUGAAUGUGCGCCUAUGCUAUUAUUAUCUUCAUAUUUAUCCAGGAUACCCACAUCACCGAAGUGUUUUUCAGUGGGGUCCUGCAACUUUAAAUGACAGUAUAUUAAUUCAAUAUUUAGUCAUGCACUAUUUACAGCAACACAUAUAUACAAUAUAAUUAUUUAAGAGUAUUAAUAAAGUCUGAUUUCCACUCCAGUCGAAACGAAACACAACGCACUUCUUUGUUUCAAGGGCAUAAAAUUCU